AUGCAAGUAGCACAGCUGAAUCUAAAUCGCUGUGAAUCUGGCCAGCAACGGCUGCACCAGUCAGUAGCGGAAUGGGGCAUUGAUGUCGCCAUUCUCUCGGAUCCCUAUCGCAUACCAGUAGAUAACGGGAACAGGGUGGCGGACGAAUCCAAGGCUGUGGCAAUCUUGACGACUGGUCGAUACCCAGUGCAAGAAGUGGUGAAAACGCAAGUGGAAGGAGUAGCCAUAGCGAAGCAAAUUUUCUAUAUCGAUUCAAUUAAUGAAAGACUGGAGGUUCUAAAUAAAGAGUUGAGCUUCUGUGAAGUGUUUCUAGAUUCACCGGUACAGAGUCGAAAACUAUACGGAAAAGUAAUUUUAAAAGUUCAGUUUACGUAUACAAAAGUCUGGAAAUGUUUUGCAAAAAUAAAUGAAAUUUUUGGAUGGUCUUCUAUAUUACUGGUACUGAAGCAAUUUGUGUAUCUAACUGUCACAAGCUUUUGGUGUAUAAACAAACCUAAAAUAAUGGAAAUUAAUAUACGGGAGCAGUCGGAAGCCGUGUUGGAAAUAGUCUUAGUCAUUAGUGCAUUAUACAUGCUUUGUCAUUCUGCAGCAGCGUGCAAGAAAGAGGCAUCCAAAUUAAUCCAACUAUUACUGAAACCUAUAGAGUUAACCUUCGAAGAAUGGGAUGUUCGAGACUUUCUAGCACUGUUACACCACCAACCUUUUACGAGUACAGCGAACAAAUUUUUCGAUAUAGACUACAGUCUGUUAGGGUCGACAUUGGCAGCAACAGUUACCUAUAUUGUCAUAAUGCUUCAGCUCGAGCAAAACUGAAUCUAUGAGAUAGCAUCUACAUUGAUACGUUUGAUCAUUUGGCAAAUUCAUCAUAAUUAUCAUUUUGUUGGUGUUUAGUUUAUGUCGAUGAACACUUGAACGGCGCUGAGAACGUAUGCAUGAGGGUUCAAGAUAACGGAGGAAACGACUACGUCAGUGCAACAGAAGACGGAAAUGAUCCAGCUCCCACACUGAGGGAAGUUAAGGAUACCAUGCACUAGCUUAAAACCAACAAAGAAUCUGAUAAGGAUGACAUCGCAGCUGAACUCAUUAUGAUGGAGCCAGGAUAGCUGGCCACAAGCUGGCCAUCUGUUUCUGGGAAACCGAACAGUUAUCGGAGAAGAACGUGAUCUGGCGAACAUUGGGCGUGAUCGAGGAUGGAGAGCUGCAGCUACAAACCUAGUAUUGUGGUGUACUAUUGUUGAUUAUGUGUUAUCUUAAAUGUGAUGUAGUGCAAAUAAAUGUAGUUUAUGUUAAUUGACCAAAGAUAUAUACAGUACUCAUAGAGAUGUUCGAAACAAUUGCAAAAAAUUCUCAAUGUGGUUAAUAAAUUAACAACUCAUGCAUCGUCAUUUGGGGGUUUGGUACCUCGUAGGUAGCCAGUUUGUGCAAAGUGCACAUGACUUAUUUUUUGAUUUUACGUUUCGUCUUCGACGUAGCAUCACUUUUACA